CUUCAUUUACUGAUCCCUCCUGGUGACCCUGUUGGAGUCAUGUUUUGAAGAAGAAAAUUGACUACUUCAAAAUGGAGGUUGCUUCAAUGGCACUGUCCAUGUUGUCACAGACUCUAUAAUGGCACAGGUACAAAGAUGAGUCCUCUAUCUAUCUCUGUGGGUGAAAACGGAUUACCCAAUCUUCACCUAAUGAUAGCCAUUGGGGAGUUUGGGUAAGGUGUGUAAAGAUUAGCCUAAUAUAACACCUUGGUGUGCCUGGAAUUUAUCAAAUUCUCAUUAAAGAAGCAAGCAGCUCAGUCAUGAGUUGCCCCUCUCCUCUCCUCCUCUCCCUCCUUCUCAUUGGUAUUUAUGGACCAUGUUCAGGCUUCAAGAUAUGUGCCUUCAACAUCCAGAACUUCGAUGCCACCAAAUCAGCCAACUACAGAGUGAUGCACACUCUAACCAAGGUUGUGUCUCGCUGUGACAUCUGUCUCCUUCAGGAGGUAAAAGACCUACAGGGCAAAGCCACCAAAGCUCUGUUGGGGAGACUCAACAGAUACAGUACUAGAUAUGAUGACCACUAUCACUAUAAAUAUGUUGCCAGUGGAGGUCUGGGGCGGACACCUGAAGACCAGGAGCAGUAUGUCUAUCUGUACCGGAAUGAGACUGUAGAGUUGACAGAUCGGUACCAGUACACUGACAAAAAGCAGGGGGGUGUGGAUGCUUUCUCCAGAGACCCCUUUGUUGUUAGAUUCCAAGCCAAGGAAACAGUGAUAGGAGACUUUGCUCUGAUCCCACUGCACACUACGGCCUCUGAUGCAAUCAAGGAGAUUGACAAGCUCUAUGAUGUCUUUGAGGAAAUAAAAAGAAAGUGGAAUACUGAGAAAGUGAUGUUCCUUGGAGCCUUCAAUGCUGGUUGUGGGCACAUGACAAGGCAGGACAAGGCAAACAUCAGACUGUUCUCAAACCCUGGAUUCUUCUGGUUGAUCGGGGACAAGGUGGACACCACUGUAGGAGACCUCACCAGCUGUGCCUAUGACAGGAUUGUGGUACACGGACAGCCCUUCCUAAAGGCCAUCAAACCUUAUUCAGCUCGGGUCUUCAACAUCGCCAAGGAGUAUAAACUCUCAAAGGAAAUGGCACUAGAAGUGAGUGACCACUUCCCUGUGGAAGUGGAGCUGAAGACUAAAUCGUCGGGGCAGCUUCAAGCUCAGGUUCAGCCUCUCCUCCUAAUCGCUGUCUCUGUCAUCACCUACGUCCUGCACAUCUUACCUUCGACCAGUGUGGCGUGAGGAGGACUGAGGGCCUUCUCUGGAGUAUGAACCAUAGCAAUAUAAUUAAUUCUAUGGUAUUUACAUCUAAAACUUCCACGAGCAGCUGGUCCUCUCAUGCAGGGGUUCACAAACCUCUCUUCGGGGACACCUAGACGCUUCAGAAUUUUGUUGUAGCCCUGAACUAGCUAACCUGAUUAAUCUAAUCAAGGUCUUGAUUAGUUGACAAGUUUAGUCAGGUGUGCUAGCUCUGGAAUAGAUCUAAUAUAGGGAACUGCUGGGGGUCCCUGAGAAGAGGUUUGAGAACCUCUGCUCUAAUGCACAGUGAUGAUUACAUCUUUGGCUGGUCCCCUUGAGAUUGCAUGAAGAUUUAAGACAUUAAGAGGCAGCAACAUUAUCACUACAUGAGUUAGUUGAUGGCAAAAUGUCCCUCAUCUCCUUUUUCCCAACAUAUCUAUGAAUUUGCUCUGGUGUUGGGUUACUGAUCCCCAUUUUCUCUGACAUCCCGUUUCAGGUAUUUGACUCGUAUCUUGAAUGGAAGGCUACAGCUUUCUGAAGCCCCCACUUCUGUCAAUAAUCUUUGCUUUUUAAUAACAGAGAAAUAAAUAUACUUUGUAAAUGAAUAGUUGUAAAUAUUUCAAGUUACAUUUUAUAGGUUAAGACAAUCUAUGAUAAUGUGGUUUCAACAUUGUCACUAAAUGUUUUUAAAAUGUUUCAUGCCUGUACUGUACCUAUUAUUUGAAUAAAACAUGUAUUGAAAACUA